CUUCACUCAAAAGGUUGACAGCAGAAAGCAAUCAUCAGCAUGGCACCACCUCGUCGAGCCCUCAUCGCAGUGACAUCUGCCCACGCUCCGCUUUACCCAAAGGGUCAAGAAACAGGCGUUUUCAUCACCGAAGCGCUACAUCCCUUCAACGUCUUCCGGGCUGCGAAUUUCGAAGUCGACCUCGUCUCCGAGACGGGUACGUACCAAGCAGACUGGCUCUCCCAACAGGCCGAAUGGCUGCCCGAAGAGGACCGGAAGGUCUGGGAAGAUCACUCCAGCGAAUUUCGCGCAAAGAUGGACAACCUGAUGAAGCCUUCUGACGUCCAAUGGGAUCGGUACGGAUUGUUCUUUGCCUCGGCAGGGCACGCGAGUUUGAUUGAUUAUCCGGAUGCGAAGGGGUUACAGAAGAUCGCCGCUAAGUUGUACGAAGACGGGGGAGGGAUCGUGAGUGCUGUUUGCCAUGGUGGUGCAAUUUUUCCUGGCAUACUUAAUGCGCAGGGGAAGAGCAUUAUUAGUGGGAAGAAGGUCACUGGUUUUACCACUAAAGGCGAAGAGGAAGAGGGUGUCUUGGACACGAUCAAAAGCUGGAACCGCCCAACCAUUGAGGCCGCAGCGAAGGAUUCCGGCGCCACUUAUAUCGCGCCUCCAGGGCCUUGGGAUGCAUUUGCUUAUACCGACGGUAGGAUCGUGACCGGAGCAAACCCAGCUAGCGCGGAAAUAACAGCCAAGGACGCCGUCAAGGCAUUCGAUAAAUUGUAG